AUGACAGCCGCACACAAAACACAAAACAUCCUCAUCUUCGGCGCCACGGGUUUAAUCGGGCGACACAUCACCAAUGCCAUCCUCGACAACGCCGCUUCCUUCGCCGGCCGCAUCGCAAUCUUCACCUCCUCCAACACCCUCUGGACGAAAUCCGACGAGAUCGACGCCCUCAAAGCCCGCGGAGUGGAGAUUAUAGGCGGCGACAUCACGUCCGCCGACGCCGUCAACGAGGCCUACACCGGCUUCGACACCGUCGUCUCCUGCGUCGGGCGUCCCGUGAUUCAAAACCAGCUGCUCCUCAUUCAACUCGCUGAGAGACAUCCGGAUGUGAAACGCUUCUUCCCCUCCGAGUACGGCACGGAUAUCGACUACGAUGCAUCGUCCGCGAGCGAGAAGCCGCAUCAGCAGAAACUCAAGGUCCGCGCUGCCCUUGCCCGCGUCUCCAAGCUGCAGUACACCUACGUCGUCACUGGGCCGUACGGCGACGGCGACAGCGUGCUCUACCUCGCCGCUUCAGGGCCGGAGAACGAAGCUCGAGGGACUUUUGAUGUCAAGCGGAAGCGCGCUGUAUUGCUGGGCGACGGCAAUGGAAGGAUAAGUCUGACGACGAUGAGAGAUGUGGGGAAGCUGGUCGUCGCGGCGCUCCAGCAUCCAGAAGAAGCACGCAAUCGUGCUUUACGAGUCAACUCGUUCACCGCGACGCCCAAGGAGAUUUUGGCAGAGUUCGAGCGGCAGACGGGUGGCCAGCCGUGGAGUGUGGCGUUCACGAGUCUGGCGCAGCUGGAGGAGUUGGAGCGGGAGGCGUGGGCAAAGAGCGAUCCUAAAGCUGGGGGGCUCACGCUUCGGAGAAUCUGGACGUCGGGAAGGACGUUGUACGACGCUAGAGACAAUGGUCUCAUCGGGAUGGAGGAUGGGGUGGAGACGCUCGAAAGUGCCGUCCGACAGGCUAUCAAAGUGCAGACGGAAGUAGAGGAUGAAGAAUAG